AUGGAGGCCCCUCGCAAGCAAUCUGUGACUGUCAUCGACGAGAGCGCUGUUGGCGUGACAUCCGUCCUCGCCAAUCGCGGCACUCAUGCCCUCUUGGAAGAAGGCGCCAGCCAUGACGAGGUGACUUUGGGUGCCUUGGGUUAUAAACAAGAAUUCAAGAGAGACUUCACAAUAUGGGAAUCCUUCUCAGUGUCAUUCUCCGUUCUAGGCCUUUUACCUUCUAUUGCAUCUACGAUUGGUUACAGCUUAGGUUAUUCCGGAACGGGUGGCGCCAUUUGGGGAUGGCUCAUUGCGUCGCUUUUCAUCCAGGCCACCGCCUACACCAUGGCCGAAUUGUGUUCAAGCAUGCCUACCGCUGGCGGUCUUUACUACGCCUCCGCCGUUCUUGCGCCUGAAGGAUGGGGUCCUCUAGCGUCCUGGUUUGUUGGCUGGUCCAAUUUCUGCGGCUUCGUCACUGGCCCAUGCUCUGUCAACUACGCUCUGGCCUCCAUGUUAGUUACUUGUGGCAUGAUUGCUUAUCCCGACUACGAGCCGCAGACAUGGCACAUAUACCUAACAUUGCUCGCCAUCCUCGUCAUCAAUGGUCUCAUCACAAUGCAGUCAACCUGGUUCAUCGGCUGGGUCAACAAAAUUGGAACAAUAUGGAAUCUCAUUGUCAUACUUAUCUUCGUCAUAUGGUUCCCAGUUGGUUCGAUCAACCACCCAAAGACAAACCACAGUCACUACGUCUGGACAAGUUUUCCCAACGGGACCGAGUGGCCGAUUGGCUGGUCCACCAUCAUGGGCUUUCUCACCACAAUCUGGACUCUGUCUGGCUAUGACGCCCCAUUCCAUCUCUCAGAGGAAUGCAGUAAUGCCAACAUUGCUUCCCCCAGAGCCAUUGCCAUGACGGCGCAGUCGGGUCUAUGUCUUGGAUUUGCCAUAAUGUUGGUCAUCGUCUAUUGCGUCCAGGAUAUCACCGACGUCGUUGCUGGCCAAUAUGGACAACCAUUCGGAAGCUUGUGUCUGCAGGUUUUGGGCAAAAAAGCGGGCCUUGCCAUGUUCUCUCUCAACAUCAUUGCUCAGUUUUUUGUCGGAGUUGGUUGCACUGUGACUGCGACUCGUGUGAUCUUCGCAUAUUCUCGGGACGGCGCUAUCGUGGGAUCCAGGUGGUGGAGUCAGGUCCAUCCGAAGACCAGGACACCAGUUUAUGCGACCUGGGGCGUUCUAUUAGUUGCAGCCCUGCUCGGGCUGUUGAUGUUUGCCAGUCCUGUCGCUAUUGGCGCGGUAUUCAGCAUUGGUGCUAUUGCCCAGUAUACGGCAUUCACGACUCCUGUAGCGUUGAAGUUAUUCUUCGACCACGGCAGAUUCAAACCAGGACCUUGGAAUCUUGGAAGAUACUCGAAGCCGCUAGGAGCUGUUGCCUUUGGUUGGUGGUUGCUGAUUGUUCCGGCUCUUUGCUUCCCGGCGGUAAAGGGCAAAGACCUAACUCCAUUGACGAUGAACUGGACCUGUCUCAUUUAUGGGGGCUCCAUGUUUUUGGCCAUGUCGUGGUAUGCGAUCGACGGCCGAAAGUGGUUCAAGGGGCCUCGCAUCAAUGUGCAUUACACCGGCGAAGGUGCAGAGAUUCUUGACGGCCAAUCUGCACAUAGUAGUAGCGAGGGGAAGCAGGAGAUGGAGGCGACAGAGAUCAAGUCGGAAGUGUAG